UUUAAACUAUUCUGUAUUCCGUGGUUCUAGCACUAUUACAUACGGUAUAGGAGUCUUGCUCAGUUAACGAGGUUUUCAGUGUCAGAUACGGUUGUCAUUCGUUAUUCUUCAUCUACAUAUUCAAGAAUUGGAGGUGGAAGGCUAUCACUAGUUCUGAAUCCAACCAUAGCAGGAUGAAGUGUAAUUGAGUUCACACUACUACUAACUAAUUGCAAAAGAUUUCAAAAGAAAAACGCUAUGAUGACGAAGGUUCUAAGGUUUUUCGUCUACUGCUSGUUUUUCGCAAUAGUACGAGGAGCUGCUCAAUCUAAUGAACAAAAGUUACUGAAUGAUCUUAUGAAUGGAUACAAUAAAGAUGCAUAUCCAGUACCUGAUGCCAACAAGAAUUUUAGUCGAGUACGGUUUGGACUAGAGCUUGUACAGCUUGUUAAUGUGGAUGACAAAAACCAAAUUAUUACGACGAACGUCUGGGUCAGACAGCACUGGAGUAAUCUUCUGUUAAGCUGGGAUCCCGCCAAAUAUGGGGGAGUUAAGAAAAUACGAAUCGAUCCGUCGAAAGUCUGGAUUCCUGAUAUUGUGCUCUAUAACAGUGCAGACAGUGAGUUCAGCGGUGGACUCGAGAAAUACAAAACACGCGUGAUACUGCAGUAUGAUGGUGUGAACGCCUGGUACAGUCCAGCCUCGUUCCGAAGCACCUGCCAAAUAGACGUGACGUUUUUCCCCUUUGACCAACAAACCUGCUUCAUGAAGUUCGGAUCUUGGACGUUUGAGACRGUUGACUUGGAUAUCUUUGUUGAUAACGCUCCUUUGCAUUCAAAACAAUAUGUGAAGAGUGCUGAAUGGGAUCUCAUAGCAGCAAGUAAAACAAGGAAUGUCGAAUCUUACGCUUGUUGUCCACACCCAUUUUCGGAUGUUACUGUGGAAUUCAAAUUUAAACGCAAGCCACUGUUCUACAUGUUCAAUUUGAUAGUACCAUGUAUGAUCAUCACGGGUAUGGUUCUCCUGGGUUUUUUCCUGCCUCCGGAGUCAGGAGAGAGAAUCACACUAAGUAUUACAGUUCUUCUUGCCAUGGCUGUAUUUCUGCAACUUGCUGCUCAAAACUUACCGAGGAAUUCGGAGAACGUUCCUGUCUUGGGUAUCUUCUACAUCACCGUGAUGGUUGAAGUAGCUCUAUCUCUCAUUGCUACAUGUUACGUUCUACAAAUACACCAUAUGAAUUCUGGGAUAGCUUUGGUACCAGUUCCUCAGUGGGUGCAAUAUUACAUCCUAGGCUGGCUGGGUAGAAUCUUGGGAGUUAAGAAGCCAAUAUCUGAAGACAACUACGAUGUUUCGUCCAAGAAACAGUUCAAGAGACUUUCGGUGCUGAGGAAGGACAUAGAGCGUCGGAACGGUGAUGGCUCGAGACGUCUAAUCAGUAAUGGCCUCGAUGCUUGUGAGCAAGAGACAGAGUUUACAGAACAAAGAGAUACAUCAUAUGCAUGUAGGUGCGAGAAUAGGGGGAUAAAUUCAACUAUUGCGAGUAUAAAUGCCAACACGACGCAGGGAAUUAUGGUUUUAGCAGAGGACGUGAGACAUCGAAGACUGGUCGAAAAGAAUAGAAACGAAUGGAGAUACCUGGCUAUGGUACUUGACAGACUCUUCUUUUGGUUAUUUGUCAUCAUGAUCAUCUUGUCCACUUCUGUUGUUUUGGGGACUCCAGGACGUCCUUAUUAAUGGUUUUGAUUUUGGAAAAUGAAAUAUAUACGAAGUAGUUCGAAUUCUACCGGUAGUACCGAUAGUGCCACGAUAAAAAACAAACAAGCAAUUGAACAAAAAAUGACUCUGGAAAAAAAAAGAAGAAGUGAAAAGGAUUCGUAAUAUAAUGUCAGCACACCGCGCAUACCAAGGCCUCCAACGUGGGAGACUAUCUAGCAUAUAUAAGAUCCGGCUGCAGAGAUAUCGAUAUUUGUUUUUGUAUUUCCUCAGUCCCAUUAUAUUGCGACGCUAUGUAACUCUAUACAGGGUCUGGAACUGGGGGGUCCGGAUCCCAAAUCACGCGCUAUUUUUUCCUGAAAUCACGCGUUCCGCGACAUUUUGCCAUUGACGACCACAUUCAACGUGGGCAUAUUCAGUCGUUUGAAUUUUUUAUUUGUUUACUAAUGAUUUCACGUUUUAAAUUUCCUCGCUAGUUCAUGAUCGGCUUGUUUUACUACUUUGCAUGCUACCAAAAUAUAUCGUAGGCUUUUGGCCAAAAAAAUUAGGAAACGAUAAAGAAAACUAGAUAGAACCUGACAGAAUUUGCCAGCUCUCUAGCUGUUAUUUAGACUAUUUUUUUUUCCUGUUUGGGUCCAAAAUCUCAAAACUAAAUAGACAACAUUCAUGCCUCGCAGGUCGGGGUCGGCUGGUUCCAAUCCCGUUUUUGGAAAGGGUCAAACGAACCUGUUGUGACACUGACAUCCAGUCUGCUGUUCAAGUGAGUCUUACUGAAAUGGAUAGACAUUAUUUAUCUCUUCUGCACUACAGAGCGACUAUGUUGCUUUGGUGUUUUAUGCAGCUUACUAAGAGAAAAAAAUUCGAGAGUAUAUUUUUAAUAUGUGGAAAAGUCGGA